AAAAAAACAAAAAAUUAUCAAACCACACACGUGUCAUCAUCCUAUUGGUGCACAAACUGCCAACUCCUCUUCCAGUCUGAUCUUCUCAUAUUCUCUCAAACAAUCAUCUCUCCAUGGCCACAACAACCACAGUCAACCCCCUCCUGCUUCCCACCACUCCAAGAUCAUCAAGAAACACAACACCACCUUUCAAAAGAUCAAAUCUUUUAGAUGUUCAUCCUCCAUACUCAUCUUUCCUCAAUACCCAAAUCAUAAUCUCUUCAAACCCCAGAAAUCACCAUAAAAAUCCAAUCUUUAUACCCAAUUGUUCCACUAAACCCACAAUUUCAGAUGAUAAAGACAACGUGAUCAAAGAUCAAGAUUCAACAAUUUCAUCUGACCCAGAUCAAGAUUUUCAAAACCCACAAAAACCCACCUCAGAUCAACCAAACCCUUCACCAAAUUCUUCUGUUUUUGUUUCAAGAGGUUUGGUUCUUGAUUUGGGUCAAGAGGGUUCUUGGGAUAGUUUUGAAGUUGGGUCUCCAUUGGUGAAGAGGUUCUUGAGUGAUGAAGAAGAGAGGUGGUAUAUGUGGUAUGGUGGGCGACCCGCUGGGAAUUCGGUUUCGGUUUCGGGUUCAAUCGGGUUGGCGGUUUCGAGUAACGGGAUACAUUGGGAAAGAGGUAAAGGGGUUGUUCAAUCUAAUAGUGAUGUGGGUUUGGUUUUGAAAUCUAGUAAUGAUUGGUGGGCUUUUGAUACAAAUGGUGUAAUGCCAAGUGAAAUCUUGAUUAUGUCUAGUUCCAAGAUUAGAGCGAGUAACGCGGUUUAUUGGUUGUAUUACACGGGUUUUAGCAACGAAAAGAUCGAAUCUUUAGACAAUUCUCUUGAAUUUAGGUUAGAAAAUCCCGAUAGUUGUGGGAAAAACGGCGAAUUUGGGAAGAUUCGUAGGUCUUUACCUGGUUUAGCAAUGAGUCAAGACGGUAGGCAUUGGGCGAGGAUAGAAGGCGAGCAUCAUAGUGGAGCUUUGCUUGAUUUAGGGUCCGAAGGCGAGUGGGAUUCAAUGUUUAUUUCAUCGCCACAAGUUGUUUUUCAUAGUAAUGGUGAUCUUAGGAUGUACUACCACUCAUUUGAUUCGGAAAAGGGCCAAUUCGCCAUAGGAAUGGCGCGAUCACGCGAUGGUAUGAGGUGGAUGAAGCUCGGGAAGAUCAUGGGGGGUGGGCGGGUUGGUGAUUUUGACGAGUAUGGGGUAAAGAAUCCUUGUGUUGUAAGGAACAAGAAAGAUGGAGGCUAUUUCAUGGUUUAUGAAGGUGUGGAUGUUGAUGGUAGGAGGUCAAUCGGGUUGGCUCAAUCUUCAGACGGGCUAAAAGAUUGGCAUAGGGUAGAGGGCGGGCCCAUUUUGAAGCCCGCCCAAGAAACGGGUUGUUGGGAUGAUGGAUGGGUCGGGUCACCAUAUCUUGUUCAUAUGGAAGGCGAGAAAGACGAAUGGAGAUUGUAUUAUCAAGGGGUAGGGCAAAAUGGGCAUGCAGGAAUUGGAAUGGCGGUUUCUGAAGGAAAUGAUGUCAAGAGUUUUCGUAGAUGGACCGGAUUUCAUUUGUGAACAUUUUAAUUAUAUUGUUUUGUAAAUCCGCGAUACAUAUAAUUAUAAAUUUAUCGAUAUAUACUUAGGUAUUUGUUCAUAAAUGUAUCAAACAAGGUAACGUGUUCUAAAAAGUUUGUUUGCAUAA